UAUCGCACGUCGGCGGGGGACGGAGAAAGCUGUAACGGCUACUCUUAUCUAGGUGGUGGAAGCGGCAGCGGAAUGGCCCGAACGAAGCAAACUGCUCGCAAGUCCACUGGCGGCAAAGCGCCUCGUAAGCAGCUAGCUAGCAAAGUUGCUCGCAAAACUGCCCCGGCCACCGGUGGCGUGAAGAAGCCACAUCGCUAUCGGCCUGGGACCGUAGCACUGCGCGAGAUCCGCCGCUUCCAGAAGUCUACCGACCUUCUGAUUCGGAAGCUGCCAUUUCAGCGCUUGGUGCGGGAAAUUGCCCAGGAUUUCAAAACCGAUCUGCGCUUCCAGACUUCCGCUGUGAUGGCACUGCAAGAGGCUUCUGAGUCGUAUCUAGUCAGUCUCUUCGAAGACACCAAUCUGUGUGCCAUCCAUGCUAAGCGUGUCACCAUCAUGCCUAAGGAUGUUCAGCUGGCACGGCGAAUUCGUGGAGAGCGUGCCUAGAUUCUUUGUGCAUGUGGCCUCAGAUACUGAAUCUAAGAGGGGAGAGGAAAAGUUUUUUCCUUCUUUACAAUUACAUUUCAGAGGUGAGUUCCAGGUGCUUGGGGAAACAUUCCUGAGAUAUGAGACUAGAAAGUUUAGCCACUAAAAAGAUUUACAUAGAUGUAAAAAGGGCAGAGGAAGAAAUUAUGAAAGAAAAAGAAGGGCGGACAUAUCCUCUUAAUUUCCAUAGAGAGAAUUAAGUUGUUUAUUUUAAUUUGUGUUUUCUUUUGUACAUCAGGUCUCUGCCUGUUGCCCCCAUACCAGCAUGAUGUGGGAUAUGUAAGAAGUAUUUGUAAAAAUGUUGCAUCAGCCGAAGCAUUCAUUAUUAAUGUCCUAUUUGUUUGCCUCAGGUUACCGGGAAGAGAAAUAAAUCCACCUUCAUGAUAAAAUAAUUGGAAACAAUCUCAAAGCUUCAGAGGGGAAAAUGUGAAGUCAUUAAGAAGAAUCGGAAAGUUCUUACAUGUCCUGGUAACUUGGUAGGUUUAACUAAAGGCAAGUUGUAGAACAGUAUGCAUAAUACGCCAUCAUUUAGAUAAAAAUAAUAGACGCUUGAAUAUGUACCUUUUAAAGAAUAUACAAGAAAUUCAAUCUCAAAAAUGGAAACUUGGAACUGAGAAAACCUUCAGCUGAGAGAGACUCAAAAUUUCAUUAUCAACCUUUUGGAAUUAAGUUUUAUACCAUUUCCAUGGUUUCUGAAAAUAAAAUUUAAAAAAAUAUUUAAGUAACAUCAGCAACAUAAAUUCUGAAACAUGUCUUAGGUCUACUAUUAUAAGGUAAGUAUCACUGGAAAUGACUGAACUCUUUCCCAGAGUAAAACCGAUCCAGGUACGUGUUUAAACAAAAGGUCAGUGUCUGCUUUUCCAGAUGUUCUUUCUUUUCCUUAUAUUUAUCAGACAACACCAUGAAUUUGCUUAAAAUAAAAAUCAACUCUCCUCUUACUGUCACCAGUGAUCUCUCAGCCAGCAGGUCUUUCUGAGUUCUUGCGGAUCAUUUCUCCUCCAUGGCACCUUUAUAAGACCUGUGCCUCAAGAGGUCACAGAAUAGCAGGCAUGAUUUGUACCAUGAGGCCCUCCUUUAACCAAGGAGGGGCCAAAAUCUGAGGUCCUCCUGCUCCCCACAUGACAUGCUGCCCAGGGUCAAGACCUGCGACUUCCUUUUUACUUCAAAGAGACUUCAUAGAACCAUCUUCUAAAC